UGGAAAGCACAGGUCCCACUCAGAGCACAAUCCAAGCAAUUCCCUCUCCCCAUCCCAUAAACCAUCAUCACCAUGGAUGGUAAGGGAGCCCAUUUAGCUUUUAAGUCACGCUGGCGCAAGACGGACGAGGAGCUCUGUCGACACAGCAUGUCUUUUAUCCUGCACAAGGCCAUACGAACAGAUUUCUUUCAGAGUUACCUCUACCUACUGGAGCGGCUUCCCCUCGUGAAACUUUAUGCUUUAACAAGCGAAGUGAUCAACGGCGAGAUGCAGUUCUAUGCCAGAGCCAAACAUUUCUAUCGGGAGGUGCCAGCGACAGAAGAGGGCAUGAUGGGAGAUUACAUUGAAUUGUCCAGUACGGACAUUGAAUCCUCCAGGGAAUUUCUUAGGAAGUUUAUUGGGGGCCCUGGGAAAGCUGGCACUGAGUGUGCCCUCGACUGUGGUUCUGGGAUUGGACGGGUCACUAAGCAUGUCCUCUUGCCAGUUUUCAAGAGUGUGGAACUGGUGGAUAUGAUGGAGAAUUUCCUGGCUGAGGCCCAGAACUAUUUACAGGGCAAGAAGGACAGAGUAAAGAUGUACUAUUGCUACAGCCUCCAGGAAUUCACUCCAGCCCCCCAAAAAUAUGAUGUCAUCUGGAUACAGUGGGUUUCAGGAUACCUGACGGAUAAAGAUCUCCUGGAGUUUCUUAUCCGGUGUCAAAAUGGCUUGAAGGAUAAUGGCAUUGUCAUUCUCAAGGACAAUGUGGCCCGGGAAGGCUGUAUCAUGGACCCAUUGGACAGCAGCGUGAUCCGAGAUCUGAGCAUCCUCCAGAGCCUCGUUGAGAAAAGUGGAUUCACCAUCCUGCAGCAGGAGAGGCAGGAGGGCUUCCCUGAGCAGUGUGUCCCCGUCUGGAUGUUGGCCAUGCAGAAGGACCCUGGCCUACCCUGAAAGGGGUUGUGUGUGGAUAUGAAGCCCCUGAAACAUGACUGAUGCUCAGGACUUGCGAUGAGAGGAAGAAGAGAAAAUGUCUGCUAAAAUCCCACUAUUAGUGUAGCUCUACAGAGCUACAGGGCUCUGCCCCCCCGAAUGAUCAUGAGAGUAACUACACCUGAACCAGGGCAUGCCAGGAACUACCCUGUUCCCAAAACCAGGCUGCCUCGUCUUCACAUCUUCUACUAAUAGGCCUCCUCUCUGUGAGAUUUCUAUUUUGUUAAAGGGAUAAAACUCAUCUGUGAGAAAAUAAUUAGGCUAAAGCUUUCCAAAGUGACAUGAGAGUCUCAGAUUUUGGGUGCCGCAUUUGAGACGCCAUAAUGAAGCCUGUUUUUUUCAGAGGCUGGAUGCUCAGCUCUUCCUGGAAAUCAGGGCCCCUUUAGAAGAUUCAAGUUGGACAUAUACAUUACUUCUCUUCUGAAAAUCUCAGUUUAACUUCAUAUCUGUGUGGCUAAUAAUACCAUAGAUUAUUGGAACUGAAAAUGUCAGGAGUGUCUAAUCUAUUUACUGUCAGUAAUGCUGUUUGUUUAUUUAUUUAUUUAUUUUUGCAUUUCACUCAGUUUGGAUGGUGAAACUAAUCUGGUCAAUUUCAUAUUUUUAAGUCAAUUUCACUUCCUUCUUCCCCUGCCCUAGAAGGAUGCUGUUAUAUUAGGAUUCUCAACACUUCUGGGGAAAGUGUCAAUGACAAAGAUCUACAUUGUAAAAAGCUGUUCGCACUGAAAACUUUGCAAAAUGGUUUCUAUGUGUAUUAAGUUGCGGAAAACAUUUGUUCUAAAACCAAAAGCUACAUUCACAGCAGAAACUGCUUGGGUUACAUACAACCAUGAGGUCCUUUCUUUCCCACUGUUGCGGGUUUCACUGAGAGGCCAGCAGGCCUAGUGGGCAGGUCAUGGCCUGUCAAUUUCUCAGUGCCCCCAAAGUUCACCCACAUGUACUGGGUUGGUAUGUAGCGGGACCCAGCCCACCAUCUCCAUCAGGUCCCAGCCCAGGGCCCAUGGGGGAGAGGUGUGGAACAUGUUGGUCACCUCCCUGCUCUCUGUCUGGUUUGGCGUGUAGGCACAGACCACUUUCUCCCCAGUGGGGGUUCCCAGUCAGUGAAGUAAGCAUUUUGCAGCUGUCUUGGUAGUGUCCAAUUAUUCUCCCUCUGCAGAGAGUGGGUGAAGCCUCUACCCUCCUGGUUGAGUCUAAGCCACAGUCCAGUCCCUCUCCCGUGGAUCACUUUGUCCCUAGAAGCUUCAAAUUUUCUUCCUCCCUUUGAACAGCCUCCCUGCUUGACUAUCUGAGUCCCCUUUUGAGCAGGGACAGGGUCCACUUGGCCCAGUACUGCUCCAUCAGUCUCUGUGGGAGGGUGUCUCUAAAUCCCAUCACACCCAUAUUCAAAACAAGUCUGACAUGAUAUGCAGGGCUAAUGGCAUUUCAAGGGGUGUUAACAGUGAGGCUAAGGGAUAUUACUAGUACAAUAUUGAAUUAAUUAACUGUACUAAGCUACGGAGGAUGUUACUUUAACCCAAAGGCAUCUAUGAUUUAUAUUUAAACAGCUUGGGUUUGACAUUACUAGUAAUCAUAUAUCCCCUCGCCUCUGUGCUAUCCAGAGAUUAUACACAGAAUAGCUUCUUGUUUCACUUACACAUGCACAAGGAGAGCUGGAGAAGUUCCAGUUCAUGAAGGAUUUUGAAUUUUCAAAAUUUGGCUUCAUUACGAAUUGGAGUGAAAACUGAACAUUUCAAAAUUCUCUGCAAAAGAAAAUGCCUGGGAGAAAAUAAUUUGGUGCAGGUUGAUCAAAACAUUUCAUUUUGACAUAACAUUUUGUUUUGAUUUUGACUUUUAUUAUGAUAGUGAAUAUAAAAAUUUCAAAGUGCAAAGUCAUUUCAAAAAGAAAAAUCAAAAAUUUUGUUUACCUGGUUUUCUUCCAAAAUGAAAUUCCAGCAAAAUCAGCCUGAUUUCAUGAAGUGUUUCAAUUUUGAUGGCACUGCAUUGUCCGACAGACUGUGGGGUCUCUGUCAAAUAUUAUCAAAAGUCAGAUUAACCCCAUAUAGUGCUCUGGAGCCAGCGGGUUUAGCAAAACUCCUUUGGGUGUGUGUCUGUUCAGUUGUAUUUUUAAGGAAAAGCACCUUGUGUCAUUCUUCCAUAAUAACCCCCCCAGAUCUUAUUUAAUUGCAUAACUCAACGGUUCUAGAAAUAUAAUCACCUUUGUGUGUGAAGUCAUCUGUUUGUACAAGAUGGCUUCUUACAUUAGUCCUUAAACUGUAGUUGUGUGCUCUGUGCCCUCCUGCUAUUUCUGGCAUUAAGGGACACACAGCCCUGGUGCUUCGGUGAACAUUCUGGAAUAUCAUAUGACACAACUGCUUGUAGAUCACUUGGCGCUUCUAGAUCACAGUGCCACAUGACACAGCUGCUUCUAGAAUGUGUUGGUAAAAUUCUUCCAUUUUAGUAAUUUGGUGGCAGAAGAUUAAAUUAGAGAAGUAGAGAAUGUUUUAGAAAAACAGAGUUGAAUAGUCAAAGUCUGGAAAUUUUGCCCUGAGAGCUAAGAGGGUCUUAGUGAUCUUUUCAUUCUCACGAGACUGCUAACAAAUGCACCACCUGUGGUAGUGGUUGGUUAGACAUAGAGAUAUAUGUAGCAUCCUCACUGUUCUCCAUCAGGUGAUGGUCCCUAUGUGUAUGCCACUAUGGGUGAGCAUGGACUCCAUGUGCCUGCGACUGGAAAAUUUUUACUAGCUGUGUUCAGUGUGUCCUGGGUCGCCUCAUGUGCCAAGCCAAGGGCAAAAGGUGAGGCACUAAUCACCUGCCUCUCCAGUUCCUUCUACUGAUCAUGGCAGCUUUGCUAGUGUUCCCACUUAGAUUCUAGCCUUUCCCAUAAAUAGUUUACCUUUAGGUAGUUUAGAAGCAUUUUGGUGCCUGGGGGUGCUCCCCACUCUGUUACCUCCCCACCUCCAUAUGGGGUUCUUGGUAAGCCUAAAAUCCCUGGCUUCAAAUCCUCUGUGGACUGCCCCCAGGUCUACCCGGUGAGUGAUCCUCACAACUCGUGCUUAUAUUGCCUUUGAGAAUCUCACGUUCCCUCCAAGUGCAAUGUUUGCUGUUUGUUUCUACCUCAAACUCGGCAGUGCUGAGAGCUCCGGCUCUAAAGGCACCUAAUGGAGCUGCUGAUGAGGCCCCAGUCUGACUGUGGGUCAACUGACCCCCUCUACAUCAGCAGGAAGUACCUAGCAGUGCUCUUCCUGACAAGAAGCUCUUGAGCGCCAACUGUCAGAGACCAGGCCUAAGGACUAAGGAGGAGGGUAAAAACAAACAUGCCUAUAAGAAAUGGGAGACAUCCUCUUCCAAGGCCUCUGAAAAGAGGAUUGCCUCCUUCCACCUUCUAAAUCAGGUGACACUUUGCACACUGGGAUGGGUGUGUCAGGACCAAAGGAGGAGCCUGGGUCCAAACCACCUGUACUGAGAGCCAAGAGCACCUGAAACAUCCAGCUGUGGAAGGGGAGGGGCAGGCCCACAUCAGCAAAAAAGAAAAGAGAACGAUCACCGUCUGCGUCCACGGUACUGCACUACAGCGGGAAGGAGGACUCGGCGGUACCGACAUUCACUGCCUGACCAAAACUGGCACUGUUGGCUCCAUCAAAGAUGCAGAAGUCCCACCCGCUCCCCACCAGCUAGACCUGGGUACACUGCCCUGGAGACCCUGGCUCUUUAUUCAGAGUCGCUGAGAGUUGAGGAACUGGUGGUCCUUAGGGAGAUACCCACACUGUUGGUGCACCGUUCACCAGUGCCACCCAUCAGCCAAAGUAUCACAAGGCAUACGGCACCAACAGCUCCGCCAGUGGAAUCUGAACUUAGGGUCAUGCUCCAUUUUGGGUCUGGGGUCUUCAUCCCACCCCUUUUGUACCCCAUGGGAGGGGUAAGGAGUGAGGUUGUGCUGCAGUCAAGGACCGGCAUUUCUUUGGUCUUUUAGUGUUUUAUACCUUCCCCCUGCCAAACCCCUUUGCCCCUCCUGACUGGUUGCUUGACUUUGGCUUGAGAUAGGGGUUGAGGCAGUCUUAAAGUGUGCUCUCGAGUAACACUUUAACUGCUCUUAUCUGUUCCCAUUGUACUAACAAAUCCAGCGGACUAGGCAGAAGCAACAUCACAGUGUCUUUGUCCUUUGUUUACACAUAUUAGUAUAAGAGUAUCAAAAAGUCAAACCCAAAAUUCUAUCCCAGGCUAAGAAACAGACCUAUAUACUAACAUAAAGUAAGACAUUGUUAUCUGUGAAAUACAUUUCUUAUUGGUAAAAAUGUCUUUUGUAUAUUUUGAACUUGAUUUUUCUCUGAAUUUCCAGAAUACACACACAAACACACCCACUUCCAGAUCUUCAUAGAGAUGUAUUUUCCCAGUUAAUCGAAAUGACCAGAUCUUAAUGUCAUAGAAAAGGGCACAUUUCGUGAUUCUCACAUCCUCAGAAAUUCAUGUGUCAUGGUUGUUUUGCUUCCACAGUAAAAUAUCAAGGAUUCUCUGGUGACAUAAUGAACCACAAGAGCAGAGAUUCAAUAACAUUUUAGCUUCCUUCUUUUCUAAGGUGUAUUUUAAUUAAAGCAGUUAGCUAAUGUGUGCCACUCUCUAGGGCACCUAAAAAAUCUUAAUGAUUUUGGGACAGAGAACAUCUCUGUCAGAGGUUUGCACAACACCUAGCACAAAAGGCAGGGUCUCUUGGCUCUAUCACACCAAUAAUAAUUAAUAAUUAAUAGUACCUUAAUUUAAAAUUGCAGCAGACCUUGCUUGGAUAACCCUCUAUGCAAGAUCAAUUGCUCUUUUGUGUUCAAAGGCUGAUUCACAGACUUUUGUUACUCUUUCUCAACUCCUGUAUUACUUAAGUUGUAAAACAUUCAUCUAGUGGUGUCAUUGGCUUCACUGGGACUUCGAAUCCUGUUUGCUUGAUGCUCAUUUAGGGCUAGAUACUGCUCCAUUGAAGUCAAGGAGAAUUUUGUCCAGGAGCAAGCCUUAGACACAAAUUCAAAAAAAGCGUCUCUAUUCAGGUCCAUGCUGAACAAGAAAUUCUUUGUGAGUAAUUCAUUAGACAGGUUUAGCCUCUUUUCCUGCUUGCGAACCAGCCACAAAA